AUGGGAGGAAACUCAGGCAUCUCGUUCACCCAACUGAUUCUCAAUGCGAUGAAUGGCGCCGAUUCCAAUAGGCUGGAGGCCCAGUCUCUGUCAUCUGCACGCGAUCCUCCCAGCUUCUCGACGCCCGUGGACUUAUUUGCUCUUCCACCAAAUUGUCGGGAGUUGGUUGAUCUCUUUUUCGAUUUCCACUAUGAGUUAUCGCCCAUUUUUCAUGCGCCGACUCUCCUCGCGAAGAUCGAACGGGUUAUUAUUGGUGACCUAGCGUACCGGUCAGAAAAUAGAUACACGCUGGCAAUCAUGAACAUGCUUUUUGCAAUCGCCGCUUCACACCAGCGACGCAGCACGGACGCGUCAAUCUCUAGCACGAGGGGAUAUUACGACAUCGCAAUGGCCCUUGUCGGACCAACAUUACUCUUCGACUGGCAGAUUGAAAAGGUCCAAAUCCUGUUGUUGGGCGCCAGAUACCUCCAAAGUUCCAAUUCCCCCUCGGAGUGCUGGAAUGUCCUUGGCCUAGCGAUCAGGAUUGCUUACGGUCUUGAGCUUCAUCGCGCACCUGGAGAUGAGUUUGACUGCAUUAUGCGAGAGACGCGAAAGCGUGUGUGGUACGCCUGUUAUGGCCUGGACCAAUUACUGAGUAUGAUCUAUGGGAGGCCAGCCGCAACCUCGUCUUCAACAUUCAACACACCACUCCCUGAAGAUUUGGACGACGAUUGUAUUCAGACAAGCAGGUUGCUAUUUCCGAGCCUUGAGGCUCCAUCGCGAAUGUCUUUCUCAAUUCAAGUUUCAAAGCUGUAUCGAUUGCUUGAGUCAGCAGCAUCCCUCGCCGAACCUUCCUUGGAAACGAUCGUGCAGCUAGAUGAAGCGUUCGAGUCAUGGUAUGCUGAUGUACCAACAAAUCUCAGAGUUCAGAGCAACACGACCGUGCAAGAUGAUAAGUGCCUUAUCCUCGCUCUCAGAGCAAACAUGGUGAGGAUUCUCAUCCAUCGACAAUCACUCGCCUCUACUCUCAGUAUCCUGUCAAAAAGCGUCGAAGCUUUGAAAACUUCCGAGACCCUCAAAAUUAGUAUGCUCCAGAACAGCAGACAGAUCUGCGUCCAGACCGCAGAGGAGGCGAUAGAUUUGGUUGGUCUUCGAUAUGAGCAGACUAAGCAUGCUGUCGGCCCGAGCUGGUUUAAUCUCUACUACCUGUUUAAUGCCAUCCUAAUUGUUGUAUCGCACGUGGUCGACCCAGAAUAUCGAAACGACAAAAACGCGCUUUCCCAAUUGGAUUGUGCAAUGCAAAUGAUCAGGCACAUGUCUACAAAUUACCUAUGCGCGCAGCGCGCAUACACUUUCCUUCAGCAACUUCUCGGCUUUAUGGAUAAAUCAUUGCUCGUUGACAGACGAAGAGGCGCAAGCUCUUCGAGACCGCAGACCGUAUAUGCACCAUCGCCCGUUCUAGAUGGCCCAGCCUUCGACCAGAGUGGCUACGACGACCUGUCUCAUGCAGAACUUUUUGCAUUUUGGGACAUCACCCAAGAUCUGACCGCCAACCUGGGUUCUCAACUUGAGUCUUACUCGUCUUUGGGAUCAGGAAUGUGGUCAUGGAACGUUGACGCUCAGGAUCAGGAUCCAUCGAUGAUUGCACGGUACUGA